AAAUGUGCGCUUCGUUAUCACAAUAUUCACACCGGCAAUUUAUUGCAGUCGACGAGGAAAAAUAUUUUGUUUGUUUGAUGCUUAAAUGAUUGUUUAAUCGCGUUUACGCUGCACGAUAUAGACAAAAUGGUGUUUACUGAAAAUCCAUUUAUUUUUGGGGACAACAACGGGAUUACCUGGGUGCCGGCUUCACGGUUUCCCUUUACUAUUCCGGCCGAUCUUGAUAGGCGAUUACAAAAUGGAAUUAACGUUAAAUACGAUAUGGAAUUCAACCGGUAUCCUAGCCGUAAUCCGGCCUUCUGGAGCCGCGAAGAUGUGCAACGCUGGAUAACGUCCUGCAUACGGGAAUAUGGAUUAACCGAUGUUAAUCCCGACAAUUUUGCUCUAAGCGGUAAAGCUCUGUGCAUUUUAACCCGAUCUGACUUUCUCACUCGCUGUCCGUCCGCCGGUGAUGUGCUCUACAACACGCUGAUUGCGUAUGCUUCAUCAGGUUCUUUCAGUCCCGCCCACAUUCCCUCGACCCCACCGUCCAGCCCCCACGAUCUCCAGCCCUCUCCGACCUUCUUCACCAAUAAAUUCCCACACUUCCGCUAUCUCUCGCUGGAUGCCGCUCUGUCCUCCGACACCGACUCAACCAGCUCCGGCUCGCGGCCCUCCACCCCGACCUCCAGCCCGGCCGGAUCCAUGUUCCAGUCGGCCUUCCCCAGCGCCCAUCCGCUGCACGUCAGCACGGCCGCCGCACCGGAGCGGGUACGCGGCCAGGGACCGGCCGGGGAGUGCCGGUUGCUGUGGGAGUUUAUCUACGUUCUGCUGGAGGACCCGGUGGGGCGGUACGAAAAGGUCAUCCGCUGGAAGGACCGCGGCGCGCUGAUCUUCCAUAUCGUGGAUCCCGGCAGUCUGGCUGUGCUGUGGGGGGUGCAGAAGAAGCACGCGGCGAUGAAUUUCGAGAAGCUGGCGCGAGCGCUGCGGUACUAUUACCGCAUGGAUAUUCUCCGCAAGGAACCCGGCGAAAGGCACUGCUACAGGUUCACGAAGUGCCUCGCCGAAUUACGUCAUUGCCGUUUCGCCAAUAAGGAAAAGUAAAUGGCAUUUUUUUUCUUUGUUUGGCAUGGAUUUUACGUGUUCGCUAUCUCUGCUACUGUGUAAUUCCUAUCUGUGAAGUGAUCUCAUAAUUAUGCAAAGCUGCCAUUAGAUUAGUCCGUAAUCAUACUUUUACUACGUAGACGCGUUUGUUUUGUCUUUAAUGUUUUCACUCGCUUGCGUUUCUCUUAUACAGUUUAUGAAGAAACACAAAAAAUUGACAUCACGAGUAUACUGAUACCGUUUAAAUAUCAAUAACGAUAUUUUAAUAUUUUAGUUGGA